CUUUCGGCGGCGGUUCGGCGGCGGCUGGCGAGGCAGGUUUUCAGAAUGACUUCCUUGGUUGACAUACCCCUGAAUUAUGAAAAGAUGUUUGCUCAUCGAUUCACAUCAGAUGAUGAAGAAUACCAAGAAUAUCUGAAACGCCCUGCAGAUCCCCCUCCUGUAGUUGAAGAAUGGAGAAACAGGUCUGGUGGCAACCAGAGAAACAGAGAUCGGUUUCAAGAUGGUAGAUAUUUUAGAGGGGACAGAUACAACUGGCAAUGUGACUACAGAGCUAAUCAGAGGCCAGAAAGAAGUUGGGGUAAUAACUACCAGCAGCACAGACAAGGACAAUCGUACUCCUCCCACUACGGACAAUAUGGCUACAACUCCUACAACCCAGGGCCUCGUUACCAUCCCUACUGAUGAUACUUGCGGUUUGAAAGUCCAGUAAUGCUAUGUAACAAAUUCAGUUAGACUUCAGUUUUCUUAUUUUUCCACAGUUUUAUAGAUAACUGAAGAAUCAGCAUUACAGUCCAUUGCUGUUUAUCUAUAGUGUGAUUUGAAAAAGGGAAUACCUUUUAUGAAUAAUAAAAGCAUAUUAUACAGAGUU